AUGGCCGGCCGCUUGCAAGCGCCUGUUUCUCUCGUCGACUUCGGACUACUAGAAGCUACGCCGCCAGCCAAUCCAACCAAACCUCACCGCGCUGUCCUCUUCUUCUCAUUCUGCAUUUCGCGGCUACGCCGUGCACGACAUGAUCGAUCCGUCAUGUCGAAACCGAGCGAGGAUCCCUUGGCUGCCCUAGCAGAGGUAAGAAGACGGUUGGAAACGCGGAAGAAAGGGCGAGACAGGCAGAAGAGGAAGCGAGGCAAGCGGAAGAGGCAGCGAGGCAGGCGGAACAAGCUGCAAGACAUGAGCGUAUCGCUCGCAUUGCCGCCGAAGCGCAGGCACAACAAGAUGCUGCGAAUUUCCAAGAAGCACUUCGGCGAGAGAAGGCAGAAUACGCGCAGGAGGCUCCAGUAA